AUGUCAGAGUGGGAAAGGGAGGGAUCACCUAUGCCCUGUGGGCCACCUCCAGUCACCUAUGGAAGAUUGACAUUGAUGAAGAGGAAAGGAGGAGGAGACGUACAGACUAUACCCCUGGACGCGGAGAGGAUAACCUUUGGACGAGAUUAUGACUGCGAUGUACGACUAUACUACUCCGAUGUAUCCAAACUUCAUUGCGAGAUUGUCUUCGAUGCCAUCAGUGGCAAGGCUAUACUUCAUGUCCGAGGUACCAACGGACUGCUUCAUAGCCCUUCAGGCGGGACUGGAACCUCAUACAAACCUCCUUUCGAAAUUCCCCUCGAUGACAAGGAUGUCAUUACAAUUAGAAAGAAACCCUUCCGAUUCGAGUACGGCCCCUCACUUGAGACACCUGUACCGUUCUCUCCAGCUAUCAAGCUGUGUUCCACCUUUUCCGCGGACCCAUCACCUUCCAAACAGCAACUCAUCCGACGACGAGCAUCACAUCGACUCUCCCUGGUUCCAGAAGGUAAAACCUUUGUACCCCUGUCACCAAUCAAGAAUCGAAGACACAGUACAUUAGGACUGGGAGGUAUGGGUACACCCGGGAAAGCAGCAGCGAAAUCCAAACUCAGCGAAGAAGUUCCUCAAGAGCAGGAGGAAGAGGAAAAUGCGGAAGAAUCAGUCUUGGAUGUGGCCAAUGGUGAUGAAGGCGAUAAGAUUUAUCUUGAAGUCAAUGAAGAGGAGAACAAGGAGAACGAGAACCCAAGCCGCUCAAUCAAGCGCAUCCACGAGAACCCAUUCAUAACACCUCAGCAAACCCGUAAAGCGCCUUUACGAAAUACCAGUGCUGUCCCUCGAACCAAACGGAUGGCUGCGACGGAGAACACUGAACCCAAGCAGAUAGAUGAUAAAUCCACUUCUCCAGUAUCAAAAGACGCUCCUGCACCAGCCACUCCACCGAAGACACCUCGUUCUGUACCGCUCCCUACUACAGGCGACACACCAUACAACCCACCAGCUACGCCUUCUUACCAGAAAGUAAGCUCGACUCCUGUUCCGGCUAGAGUAGCUCUCUCGACGCCGAAAGGUCCAGCUACGCUUCGUAAAGCCUUGUUGCUCCGAUCCGCUAGAAAGGUAUGGCAGGAAUCUAGAGCUUCUGGAGUGGAAGGUGCGAUCGAGGCUGGAAAUGUCGAGACUAGAAGGAAGAGUACCAGUCCCAAGACGAGAGCAGGAAGAAAGAGUACCACUCCCAUUCCUGAGGUUCCUGCUCCUCAACCAGAAAAUCAAGAUAUGUCCGAUGAAGAGGAAGAUGAAGCAGGAGAACCUCAGAAUGGAGAACUUAUUUGGGUACAUGAAGACGGUACCGCUGAGGUUUCGUUCGAGUCCGAUUCCAGUGGUUAUGAUUCUUUGGAAGCUGAUCAAUCUUUGGAUAUUCCGGGUCAAAGUGUCAUUGAAUUCACCAUCAAUCACCCAGAAGUGGAGGAAGAAUACAUCAAUAAUGAUGACGGAUUUUUGGAGCAUGAGUUACCAGAGGACGAAGUUAUGGAUAUCGAAAAGGAGGCUCAUGAGGCUGAGGUAUAUGAGGAGUACGAACAAGCGGUCAACAUUCCCGCUGACGAUUCUGUCGAAGAAGUACAACCUCAAAACCUCAACCAAGGGGAGCAUCAGGAUGAAGAGAAUGAAGAGGAUGAAGUUAUGUCACUACCUGGUACCCCUCAGACGAGACAACCAUUAUCCAAGCAAUUCUACACUCCUCAGCCCGAGCGAAACAUCCACAGACUGCCAAGACGAUCUUUGGCCAAUAUUGGUGGUCCACCAGUCCGAUUCGAGAGACUUCCAGCCACUCCCGACUUAUUCAAGCGAGAGAGAGCGCCUCCCGGGUCAAUGGGUAAACCUUCUAAAAGGAUCACUUUCGCUGCACCUGAUGCUGAAGACGAGAUGAAAGCUAUUGACAACGAGCCAGUGCCGGAGAAGAAGGUAUUUAUGACUCCUGUCAAAUCAGAAGCUGCUAAAGCUGAGGCUAAAAGAAGAGGGGAAUCGCUUGCCACUCCCCGACAACUCCCUGCCCCACCUGUUAGUGGAUUCAAAAACCCAAUCGUGGAGACUCGAUUCUCCAACUUGAUUGCCAAGCCAUCACACCCAGCUCUCGCAGCAGAUUCACCUAUUCUCGAACGUUCGGAUGAAUCACGAGCGGUGCCCGGUACGCCCAUGGACGAUAUCAAACACCGACUCGAUAAAAUGCGCCGACAAUCUGUGCAAAGGGCCGAUCGAAGAGCUACUGUAGGCUUUGUUCUUCCUUCUACACCGAGCAGACCAAAGUUCAGAGAGGCUGGAUCAUGGAGUGUGAACCCACGAAGGAUUGAUGGUAAAGGACCAACAACCCCCAUAUUCCCUAAAUUCAAAACAGAAGAUCGCAUUGAAGAAUCUCCAAGUGAACUCGUAGCGACAGCGUCUCAUCAGGAAAGCUCGACUAUGGCCCAAGCUCGCGCUCAGCUUCAAGCACCGUCUUCGCCAGAUUACGAAACUCCCUCUUCACCUUCCACCCCCUCUUACACGGGAAUCCGAGAAAUGCUCGGUAAACCUUCCUUGCCAGCCAAAACUCCCGAUAUGAGAGGUCUCAAGAACCUCUUCCCGGCUACACCUAAAGAAGCUGCCUCGCCCUCUUUGGUGGGUGUCAAGGAGCUGCUGAGACAACCUUCAGUACCUGCCACACCCAAUUUCACCGGUAUGAAAGAUAUGUUCAAACAACCUAAGAUCGCUCAGACACCUGGAUUCGAAGGCAUUGGAGAGAUGUUUGAUGAACAGGAAGAGGAGGAAAAGGAGGAAAAGGAGGAAAAGGAGGAAGUAGAGGCUGCUGAAGAAUCAGUCAUUGCGGUCGAUGUGGAAGGGCAUGUGAAUAAUGUCACGACAAAGCAAGUCGGGGCUUGUACAAGUUCAGCUUCUUCAAAACUUCCUCGACCAGCUACCUCUACGUCAACUUCUGCAGCCUCUCGAUCUCGUCGAGCUCCUGCUCCUUCAACGACUACCACAGCCAAACCCACCACCAGAGUACCUGCUCGAAAGGCGGCAUUUAGUGCGCACUCGACGGCUGAAACCGAAUCUAAAUCAUCCAGAAGCCGAAAAGCGGAGCCUGCUGUUGACAGCAAAGUAACUGAAGAACCCAAAUCUCGAUCGACCAGAACGAAGAGAACCACGUCCAUGGACUCGGAGCCGUCUUCUGCUCCUUCCAGGACUACAGCGGCUAGCAGAUCGAGAUCACUCCGAGCGAGAUCAACUGCUGAACCUGAAGAUCAAGCACAAGCCCAGGCGGAAGAGACCAGUAAAUCCACGAGGCGUAAAUCGACCUCAGCUAGAACUACCAGACAAGCUACAGCGGAGGCAGAGGAGGCGUCCGCUACUGCAACUUCAAGAUCUUCGAGAGGUAAGAAACCUUUGACUCAAUUACCUGAACAACCAAUUGAAGGAGAGAAGAAAUCGACUCCUGCUUCGACAAGGAGUAAGUUACCUACUUCUGCUGCUGCUGCUAAGAAAGCUUCAGCGAGUAAAGUAGAAGAGAAGAGAUCUGCGCCUUCGAGACGAAAGGCUACUACUACCACGAAUACUAGUUCUUCGAUAGUAGGUAAUAAAGAGAAUGAUGAUGGUCAAGAAGAGAAAUCUUCGGCUGGGGCUGGAAGUAAGAAAAGAAUUGUUGGUCAAGGUGGAGUCUCUCCUCCGGUCGUGGGGACUACUAGGACCACGAGAAGUAGGAAAUGA